UGAAGAUCCUUAAUCCGCAAAGAUUCGAGUUAAAUAAGGGGUCAAGUCGUUCUACAGCAGGUAGUCGAUAUUUAAAGCUCGCGCGAGUUGCAUUGGAAGAAUUUUUGAUUUUUUAUAUUUUUCGUUUAAAAUGUAUUUAAGUGCUGUUGUUGUUUUGGUGAUAUUUGGCAUCACAGCCAUAACCUGUCAAGAGGACCUCCCAGUCACCCAGCAAUGCCUAGGUUGCAUCUGCCACGCAUCCUCAGGUUGCAACACGACCAGCAGCUGCGGCGGAGACGUGUGUGGACCCUUUAGGCUCACGUGGGCGUACUGGUCCGACUCAGGCAAGCCAACCAAAAACAACGAAUCCCCUGACGCCCCAGGCGCAUACAGCAACUGCGCGGGAGACACCUACUGUGCUGCCCUCUCUGUGCAAGGUUAUAUGCAGAGAUUCCAACAGGAUUGUAAUGGUGACAACAAAAUCGAUUGUGACGAUUUUGCUCUGAUCCACAAACAUGGCGGAUACGGAUGCAAAGGAACCCAACUGCCCGAACCUUUUGGUACCCAAUACAGGGAAUGCAAAGCCAUCGUAGGCGGUCAACAGCAAAACUAA